GCCGCCGCCGCCUGCAGAAGCUGCUACUGAGCCCGGAGAAGACAGCAGGAAUGCCCGAGAUCAAUGUACAAACUGAAGAACUAGUGCCCCUUAAUUGAUCACGCUGGGGCUUGGUUUCUCCCCCCUGGGUUCCUAUCUGUUUUUCCUCCACUGCGCUCCAUUUCUUUCUGCAAGGCGAGAUCUUCCUCCAGGGUUCAGCCAUGACCACUUCUGCCUUGCGCCGGCAGGUAAAAAACAUUGUGCACAAUUAUUCGGAGGCGGAAAUCAAGGUGCGCGAGGCCACCUCCAAUGACCCCUGGGGACCCCCGAGCUCCUUAAUGUCUGAGAUUGCAGACCUGACCUUCAACACGGUGGCAUUUGCGGAGGUCAUGGGCAUGAUCUGGAGGCGGCUGAACGACAGCGGCAAGAACUGGCGGCACGUCUACAAGGCACUGACGCUUCUGGACUACCUCAUCAAAACCGGCUCGGAGAAAGUGGCCCACCAGUGCCGGGAGAACUUGUACACCAUCCAGACCUUAAAGGAGUUCCAGUACAUAGACCGUGAUGGCAAGGACCAGGGCAUCAAUGUUCGGGAAAAGGUAAAGCAGGUGAUGAGCUUGCUGAAGGAUGAGGAGAGGCUGAAGCAGGAGAGAGCCUACGCCCUGAAAACCAAAGAGCGGAUGUCCCUGGAGGGCAUGGGCAUCAGUAGCAGCAACAGCCAGCAACUCGCCUACGGACGGCGGGCGUCACAGUAUGGAGAUGAGUACGGCAGGUCAAGAGGGUCUCCAUCCUCCUUCAACUCCUCUUCCUCAUCGCCCCGGUUCAAUUCCGACCUGGAACAGGCAAGACCACAGACUACUGGAGAAGAGGAGCUGCAGCUCCAACUGGCCCUGGCCAUGAGUCGAGAGGAGGCAGAAAAGCAGCCAGUUCCUCCAGUCUCCAGCACAGAUGAAGAUUUGCAAUUACAGAUUGCACUUACCCUGAGCCAACAGGAGCAUGAGAAGGAAGUUAGGGCAUGGCAGGGAGAGAGUUCACUCCUGCAGAGGGCAUUGCAAGAGAGUCACCCUGAUGCGGAGGAAGAAGAAAAGACAAAGAAAAGUCAGUCUUCUGUGUUAGAGCUGGCAGACAUUUUUGGACCAGCACCGGCCACCUCUACCCACACUUCUGCUGACCCGUGGGAUAUUCCAGGUGGGGGCAACUCUCGAUCUGUUGAGGUUUGGAAUCAUGACGCAGCCUUCUCCCCUCCUGCUCUGUCUCUGUCCAAUUCUUGGGAGCACAACAAUACCAAAUUCACUGUGGAAUCAACAGGGACUUCCUGGGGUCCCACUGCAGACCCUUGGGUGCCUGUACCUUCAGGGGACUCACUAAGCCAGACAACAUCAUCCACAAAUCACACUUCUCCAGGGACCUGGAAUCUUCCUCAUGUCUCCUCCUCCUCUGCCUCUUCUUCUGAUCCAUGGGGGAUGAAGUCCCUGCCUUCAAGUGUCUCAUCGUCAGACCCCUGGGGAAAGGCCUCGCCACCUGCUCCGGUCUCUGCAGGUGUUGCUUCUGCUUCUGAUCCUUGGGGAGGCUCUGUUGAAAAAUCUUCCACAGUUGGCAAUGCUACAUUUGACUUGUUUGCAAAGCUACCAGAGCAUGGAGAUAAGCCAGAACAUAACAGUUCCCAGGCCCCUUCCUCUGUGAAAUCCAACAGCCCUGUAGAUGUGGACCUCUUUGGUGACCUUAUUCCAAGCACCAGGGAAAAUGGAGUCAGGAAUAAGGAUGUAUUUGAUAUUACAGUUUUAAGAGACUCUCUUCCUGAUUCAAAGGAGAAAAAUGAUAGCAAAACUCCAGAGACUUUUCUUGGCCCAAAUGCCUCUUCCUUGGUUAAUUUGGACUCCUUGAUCACAGCCCCCCAGAGCCUGAAGUCUCGUAACCCGUUCCUGGCAGGUCUCAGCACACCUUCUCCUACCAACCCCUUUAAUGUCAUUGACCAGCCUAAACCAACACUCAACCAGAUGCGGACCAGCUCUCCGGUGCCCAGUGCAGCUAUGGGAAUGGCCAUGAACUCCAUGUCCUACAGCACUUCUCUCCCUCUUCCACUCAGCAGCAUUCCACCAUCAAUGACCCUUCCAGCCUCCAUGAGUGCCUUCCCUCAGGCUGGAGCAGGGCCUUUCCCAGAGCUACCCGGCAACUUGCCCCAACCUCUCCUACCGCUAUCUGGCUCAGUUCCCCCGCCACUACCUUCCCAGGGCAGUAUGAACCCUUUCCUCUGAGAAGACUUUGUUGAUAUCGUGCGAACUCUCUCUUGCUCCUUCCUCAGCUGUUGUGGAGAACUUCCCAUGCAAAUGCUUUCUGGGCACGUUAGUUUUGAUGGAAGGAAACAUCUCCCUGGAAGCUGUUCUCCUAGUUUCUGCCCAGGCCAAAGAGACUCAGUC